CCCCUCCGGCAAACAGGAGCUCCGGUAAGAAAUGGAGGCCAAGAGCAAGAAAGCAGGAGGCUCUCGUCUCUGCUGCUUAUGCAACCUGAGACGUCCCGUCCUCAAACGACCCAAAACCCUUCAACAGAUAUGCAGAGAGUGCUUCUAUGAGGUCUUUGAGGAGGAGAUUCAUCAAGUCAUUGUUCAGAAUCGUUUGUUCAAAUCUGGUGAACGAGUUGCUAUAGGUGCCUCUGGUGGAAAAGAUUCUACUGUUCUGGCAUAUGUGUUAUCAGAACUGAACAGACGCCACAAUUAUGGAUUGGAUCUCUUUCUCUUGUCCAUAGAUGAAGGGAUUACGGGUUAUCGUGAUGAUUCUCUUGAGACCGUUAAACGGAACGAAGUCCAAUAUGGUUUGCCUCUUCAGAUUGUUUCAUAUAAAGAUCUGUAUGGAUGGACAAUGGACGAGAUUGUGAAAAUGAUCGGUUUGAAGAACAAUUGCACCUUUUGUGGUGUAUUCCGUCGACAGGCACUUGAUCGAGGAGCUGCGUUAUUGAAAGUAGAUAAGCUAGUCACUGGACAUAAUGCAGAUGAUAUAGCCGAAACCGUUCUCUUGAACAUAUUGCGUGGGGAUAUUGCUAGAUUAAGCCGGUGCACAUCUAUUACUACUGGUGAAGAUGGUCCCAUUCCAAGAUGUAAACCCUUCAAGUAUACAUACGAAAAGGAGAUUGUCAUGUAUGCUUAUUUCAAGAAGCUGGACUACUUCUCUACUGAAUGCAUAUACUCUCCUAAUGCAUAUCGUGGGUUUGCCCGUGAGUUCAUCAAGGAUUUGGAAAGACUAAGGCCAAGGGCGAUUCUGGACAUCAUAAAAUCUGGAGAAGAUUUUAGAAUUGCGACAACCACAAAGAUGCCUGAGCAAGGAACUUGUGAGAGAUGUGGGUAUAUUUCUAGCCAGAAAUGGUGCAAAGCUUGUGUUUUGUUGGAAGGACUGAACCGUGGUUUGCCUAAGAUGGGUAUUGGAAGACCGCGAGGCGUAAAUGGUGAUCAUAGAAAGGAAACAAAGAAGCUUGCAUCUGCAGCAAAAUCUAUAGAGAGCAAACAAUGUGGAUCUCUGGAUUUCUAAAACUUUGGGGAAAAAAACUAUCAAACUCAUAUAAGUCAUAGCGAAUGAUAAUGUUGAAAAAAGAGAAUAAAUUUUUGUUCCUUUCAUAAACUCCUUGUAAUUUUGGUUAUUAUGAUGAUACAAAUCUGUUCACUAA